AGACAAUGUACCUGGGAAAAGCAGUGGUAACGGUGAGUCCAAAGGUAAUCGAACAGGAGGAGGGGGCCGACACAAGUCCACGGCCGCUAGCACUUCUUCUUCCAGGUUGCAUGCCGGUGCCCGUGCACAGAGCCACUCUUCUGGGAGCAGCACUACGGCAAGCAGUCUUCAACAGGAUGUUGCUACUCAGGUUUUGUCAAGUGGAACUACAACAAAUACACACUUAUCAUCUUCUAGUAAGCCUUCUACAAGGGCGAAGCGAGAACAUGAUGAUGUGGGUCAGCGAAAGCGAACUGCUUUUUCGGCGGGCACCACCGCUAUGAGCAGUUUCGGAGAGCAGUCAUCGAAUCCCUUGCGCAACACGCUCACGACUUUACUUGCAGCGCAAGAAACGCUGGCUGGUACCAGCAGAGGAGGUACAUCGAAAAGAAAGACUUCGUCAAGAGCUGAUGAAGAUCGUACUAUAGGAGAGGGAACAUCAACAGGAGGGACGAGCAGGAAUAGAAUAUCCUCCAAUAAUGCCGCGAACAAUCGUUCAGGAGACCAGCAGGGAACUUUGAAUCCUGUCGAUGACGUGAUUAACCUUACGCCUGAAGAUCCAGCGACGCCUGCGCUUGGGCAUUUGCAACUGCUCGCGUGUCCAAAGAGAACUGGUCGAAAGACAGACGGCGGUUUCGUAUCGACGAGAACGCAGUCGAAAACGCGGGCAUCGUCAUCAGAAGAUGCAGUGAAUAGUAACCUGAUAGUACCUGCGGACGAGAAGAGCACAGAAGCAGAACAGCCAGUACGAAAGAUGAACACAACAACGAUCACCAGCAGAGCCUCUUCCAAAGAGAAGCCUGCGACGUCAUCAAGGCUGCCACGCCCUGACGGUGCCUUCACCAGCAACGCAAAUUGCACUUUCACGCCGAACCUGAAGACCAGGAUUUCUAAGGUGGAAAAGGCCCCUGGACAUCGGCGUAAAAAGCGCGAACAAGCUGUUGAGAAUCCCGAGGAAAGCAAAGCUCUUCCUCCUGAAGCGUUGUCGUUCCUGCGAGAGGUCCCGGUUUAUGAUCGGCGGGGAACCUUAGGUAGCAGCUUGUCUCCAGAGCAGCGUCGGAGUGAAGCAGCGCAGCAGCGGACUUCGCAGAUCAGUGAGAGCAAGAUAAAGGUGAUGCUGCAGCAAGCCGCACCUGUAAUCGCUAAAACGCCGGCUGAGACAAAGGCCAAGAACACGUCGCUGAUUGCCCAGGCGCGAGCUAGAAACUUGAUGCGCGCUCAAGCUGCGAGUGCCUCCUCAGUGGAGGAGAGGGAGAAAACUGCUUGUGUGCGAAAAAAAAAGAACAAAAAGCAACGCGAUGGUCCUAAAGACGCCGGGGAGCAAGCCGCCACUGAACAGGAGCCUCCACCUCAUAUAGCUGUGCGCCCUCCUCGGGAAGGUACUUACCAAGACCUAAGUCUGAUUGACAGGCUUAACUCCUGCAGACAACAAGUCAACUUCAAUUGAGUAUCGCCAAGAACAGUAAUGAGAACGAAUCCGCUGGAAAGUACUAUCGUACUGUAGUUUUCCACAUUUUCAAAAAUAGAGUAGAAGUGGUCCCUCUUUUUUUGACACGACUACAAGGUAAGCACUGUCUGUCACCAACAUCGGCGUUUGUAUCUACGUUUUCGCGUGGUCGUGUGAGCGAGAGCAUGCUGGCGGCUGGCGCGGUCCACCCGAGCGACGUUGCACUACAGCGGCACAGCAUGGCACAGGCAGCGUCACGCACCGUAUCGGAUCUUCGUAGCCUGACGCUGAUGCGACAGGGAUUAGGAGGACGGAAGGACGCGCAGACAGGAGGACAUUGGAACCCGGAUAGAGGCCCUCCUGGUGGUUCGUUUUCGGUAACCUAUUCCGAUGGGGAGGGCAGAGGCUGGCGGAAAGCGAGGAAGCGGUCACUAGGCAGCCCCAAAAUCGAUAGAGAUGUGGAGCACAGUGUAGAAUUUGUUAGCGAUGCAUAAUCUUAAGCAAUCUUCGUUCAACACAGAAGUCACAGACCUUGGAUGGAGGUUUGCGCCGACAGGUUUCGGCAUCUAGUUCUAGUACCACCUCCAGUGUUGAAUGGAUGAUCAUGUUGCGAUAGAUACCUCUAGAACAUGAACUCCUCGAGAUACUAGUAGUUUGGAGAUUCGAUGAACUGCAAUUUUUGACUUGCUGAUUUUGCUGCAAUUUAUCUCAUGGUUUUUUUCUUGAUUUCUCUCCGAAAAAUG